AUGCCACAUAAAAUUACUACGUGUUCAUCCAUUAUUAACGAAGAACAACCAGAAAUCCAAAGGCUUAAUGGAUUGGAUGAUAUAGGAGAAAAAGCAAUGCAAGGUAUUCAGGAUAGAUGCCAAAGAAUACGUGAUUCUUCAAAUCCACUUUAUGAUGCAGCAAAAAUUGCUGUAUACAUCAAUUGCUUGAUUGAUUUUUUACGAGAACAAGGGUUUAAAUAUAAACACGAAAACAGUUUUGAUCGAAAUAAACCGGACAGUUUUGAAGUAACUGAAGUCGAAUCACAUAAAAGAAUUAAAUGCGAAAUUAGUGAUGAUUUAUUUAAGUUAAAUUUUGGAAUUGGAGACAUGCAGAUUGAUGAUGAUUCAAGCGGAAGUAGUAGAAGUGAAUCAACUUCAAAUGAGUAUGAAGAAAUUAUCAUUACUGAGGAAGAAAUAGAAAUGAUUAACGGAGUUGCAUUUUCUGGUAUCAAAGAGGAUAAAUAA